GCUCCACAUGAACGUGAGUGGUUGUGUAGGGCGUCAGCCAGCGGCGGUGCCCCAAGACCACUGAAUAAUUCCCAUUUGGACAAAUAUUGGAUGCUCCUGUUUGAGGCACACAUAAAUCAGUACUUUGAAGUAGCCUGUUUGUCUUUUCACGGACAUGGUGGAAAAAGGACGUCAUUGGGUGCAUGUCGAUGUUUGGUGCUUACAUGUUGCUAAUCAUCUUGCUAUAUCAGUAGUACUUAUAUAUAGAUUUAUAUAUCUUCUCAUAUUGUGAUGAAACAUGCACCAAUCAACAAUAUCUUGUGUUUUUUCUCUCUCAAAAGAACCAUGGCCUUAGAUUUGUUGAAUGAGUGCGCAGGAUCUUCUAACAAAGACCAAAAACUCUCAAUCCCUCCAAUGGUGGGAACGGUAUGGGAUGCAUGCUCUGCCCUUAAGAAGACUCCUUCCACAAAUAUCACAGCAAUAGGGCGGGAAAUAACACAAGUUGCCGUUUCUAUGAAAGAUGUCCUUCGUGAGAUGAAGGAACUCAAGCCUGCUUCUGCCAAACCAAAAGAUGAAGAUUCUGAAGAGGCUUCAGUCAAAGACAACAGUGGGCCCCACGAUAGUGACGAUUCAUGUGGAGGUGAUCUGGGCAACGACUUUUCUCCUGAAGAGAUGAAAAUAGCUCAAUUGGCCAUUGGAGUUGUGUCUGAAACACUUGUAGUGAUAAAGGAACUUAUCCGUUUCAUUACGAGUUUGAAUAAGCAGGAAAACCCUGAUAACGGAAAUGAUUUUGUGAAUCUGUUGGAGAGAUCGUUGAAGCUUUGCCAAGAAACUGGACUACAGGUUGACGAGCUUGGAGCUUGUCUUUACCCCCCUCAACAGUUUUCUGCUAUGAAGACAGCCGUGGAAAAAUAUCCAGCAUUAUUGAUGGAAUGCAGGAUAGAGGUAAAUAUUCUUGAAGGCUCUUCCGAAGCAUUCUUUCAAGCAUGCACGGGUUUUAAGGGGUUUGCUGAGAGAAAUGGAAUCCUAGCUAGGUUCUAGUGUAAUUAGGCUACUCCCAGAAAUGCAGAACCUUGUUGUGAGCAACUAAGGAUAAUAUCAAGGAGAAAUGUAAGAAUGAUGAAUUGAAAGAGAAGACUUUUUUUUCACUAUUUUCUUGUUUUUUGAGUAUAAAAGGUGUAAUGGAUUGGCGAGCAGUGUUAAUUUUGUGGUCUAUUGUUAAUGAAUCCUAUUUUCCCAAUUUUCAGGCAGCUU